AUGACAACAAAUAAAUUAUGUAAUUUUUUGCAACGUCUUCAUCUACCACUACGAGGAGUUGUGGCACCAAAAUAUUCAACAGCUGUGCAUCAACAAAAUUCAUUGUCAAAUAAAAUUGAAUUUGAUCCAUCAUUAUUUAAGAUAAAUAAAAAAAUAUGUGAACCAAAUUUAAGUCUAGCUUCAUUAUUCACCAAUAAAAAAAAUAUACGACAUAUAACUGAUCCCGCUAAAAAUGACUAUUCAAAGGAAGAUAAAACAACAGACAAAACAAUUGAUUUACCAACAAAUAAUAGCUCAAUUAAUAUUGAAAAACAAGCAGCAAGAAUGAUUGUCAUACGUCGUCGUAAAAUGAGACGUCAUAAAUUAAAAAAAUUACGUAAAAAAAUGAAAUUUAAAUGGGCAAAAGUUAAACAAAGACGUGAGCUCAAAAAAGAAAAAGCAUUUCAUGCUGAAUUAUUAGCACAGAUACAUGAAGCUGAAAAAUUUGAUGCUAAAAAAUAUGUGCAAUCGAAAUUUGAUAUAUUGGAUAAUGUUAGAAUCCCAUCAAGAUGGAAAGGUGAAAUUCUACCUGAAUCAAUGAUACGAGAAUUUAUGCAAAAAGAAGAAGAAAUUAAACAAAGAAAACUCAACAUACCUAGACAGUAG